GUUGGUUAAUUAGGAGUUUGUUGCAACGAAGAUGGGAAAUGGAAUGAAUAAGGUGCUUUCCGGGCUGUAUGUUGGCAACUAUCGGGACUCGAAGGACCCCGUGCAGCUCGAACGAUACAAGAUCACACACAUACUGUCCAUACACGACGCCGCUCGUCGGUUACACUCCGAUAAACACUACCUCUGUAUAAUGGCGUCCGACUCUCCAGACCAGAACCUGACUCAGUACUUCGCUCUCUGCAACGACUUUAUCCACGCAGCUCGGCUUAGAGACGGACAUGUCCUCAUUCAUUGUUUAGCAGGCAUGUCACGCAGCGUGACAGUGGCAGUUGCGUACAUCAUGUCAGUAACACCUUUGAACUGGCGUGAAGCGCUAAAGGUAGUGCGCGCGGGUCGCGCUGUCGCCAACCCUAACCUCGGCUUCCAGCGUCAGCUGCAAGACUUCGAGACUUAUAAACUAGUUGAGGAGAGAAGACGACUAAAAGAGCGCUACCCGUCCCUCGCCCUGGCCGACAGCGAUCUCUCCGAGUGCCGCGUCAUGCUAGACUCGUACCAAACCAUGCUGAGCCAGCGCACCAUCUGCGAGGGCAAGUGCUCUAUGGGCCGCCAGUGUCCCACUGGCGUGUGUAGAACGGGAUCCAAGCGUCAGUCGCGGCCCCGCCGACCGUCCACGGCCUCCGGUGACGCGCCGGGGCUGAAACGAUCUCCCUCCACGCUGUCAACUAUGUCUACAACUUCUACAGCCUCGGGUUACCGACCAAGGUCAUCACCUGCUGGACUUUUCAGUUAUACUGGGGCAACACACCGGCCAACCCGCUCUGCAUCCGGCAUCAGUAUAACACGAGUAACGGACCCCAUAGGCGGAGGGACAACUAUGGCGGUCGGUGGUAGUGAAUACUCCCGUCGAAGAGCCGCCUCCGCGCCAGCGACACCCGCUUUGUCACCAGCUUCAUCCCCACCAGGGUCACCUCAUCGGGGUCAUCAGAGCUACGCCAGCUUUGUCACCAGCUUCAUCCCCACCAGGGUCACCUCAUCGGGGUCAUCAGAGGUGGUGGAGGAACUAUGGCGGUCGGUGGUAAUAGUGAAUACUCCUGCCUGCUGGCAGUGA